AUGGGCAGCAUUUGCUGCGGCCUGCGCGAAAGACUGGAGGAUGAGUGGCCACCUCGACCGCAGAUGGAUCUCAAGGAGGAGGAUGCCUUAGAGGAGGGACGGCUGGGUGACAAGGCCCGGGAGGAGGAGCAGGAUGGGCACCAGGACCACAACGAGCAGAAGGAGGACAAGGCCUUGGAAGAAGACCGGCGUGACAACGAGCUGCCGGCUGCGAAGGUGCUUGGAGAGGACCGGCGUGAACCGCCACCGUCAGCCCUUCCAGCCAUGCCAGAGGGCAAUCCGCAGACCUUCGAAGAGCACCUGGCAAUGCUCGCCGACCUCACGGAGUACUUCCAUGCGGUAAACGGGACGAGGCCCAGGGUUAGGCCCACAGGAACCCCGGAGCUCGGUGACCUCGUCGAGCUGGCAGAAGGCAGCGACCACUCGGCAUCAUAUGCCGUCGUGACAAAGGUCCACGAGGCGCACUUGACGGUGAUGGUCCUCGACGAGGAGUCUGAAAAAAGGAUCCCACUGCUGGGCACUGUGAUAGGACGUGACAGGACUGAUUGUUAUGCCCAAGUUUGCAUCAGUUUCGUCAAGGUGCUUCAGCACCAGGCCAGGCGCAAAGCCUAG